AUGGCACGACCAUGCGAAUCAGGCAGCUCGUUCUUGAGAAAUAGACGGCACACGAGUCCUACAACAUCUAGACCUCAACCACCACCAAGGGUGUCAAGUCAAGCUCCCUCGGAAUCAGACGACUCGGCAAGUUCACCUGAGCGAAUCGUGGAUGAUGAUACCGAUUUCUUCAUGGCCCAAGCGAACGAUUCGCAAUCCUCAAUCGGGGUGACAAACCUACGAGAGAUGAGCAUGAGCAUCGACCUCGAGCAGCAACACAAACUGUCCCCAAUAUCCAGACUACCACCGGAGCUUCUCAUAGCAAUCUUUGCCAAGCUUAGCUCGACUGCAGACCUUCGAAGCUGUAUGCUAGUCUCCUACAAUUGGGCUAUACAUUGUGUGGGAGUCUUGUGGCAUCGGCCCCAGUGCAAUGUCUGGAAGAACGUUAUCAACGUGACGGCAUCACUCAGCAAGAACCCACUCUUCCCGUACCAUGAGAUGGUUCGACGGUUGAAUCUUGCAACGCUCCACGACAAAGUCAACGACGGAACUAUCCAGCCGUUCAUGCAAUGCAAGCGGAUCGAAAGACUUACGCUCACGAAUUGCUCCAAGUUGACCGAUUCUGGUGUCUCGGGCUUGGUGGAAGGAAACAAACAUCUUCAAGCUCUUGAUGUGACCGACAUUCGGUCUUUGACUGACCACACGCUAUUGACCGUUGCAGGCCACUGUCCGCGAUUGCAAGGGCUCAAUCUCACGAAUUGUUCCAAAAUCACAGACGACUCUCUAGUAGGGGUUGCUGAGAAAUGCCGGCAAAUCAAGAGGCUCAAACUGAACAAUCUUCCGCUGAUCACCGACGAAUCCAUCAUCGCCUUUGCAGAACAUUGUUCCUCAAUACUCGAAAUAGACCUUCAUUCCUGCUCACUAAUCACCUCCGAGUCCGUUACAGCCCUUCUCAGCUAUCUCUAUCACCUACGUGAAUUACGACUAGCUCAUUGCACUGGAAUCUCAGACAACGCCUUCCUGGACCUGCUUCCGAAGCUCACAUUCGAUUCCCUACGCAUACUAGACCUUACAGGUUGUGAGGAUGUACGUGACGACGCCAUUUGUAGGAUAAUUCCCGCUACUCCGAAACUGAGAAACCUCGUACUUGCCAAAUGCAGACACAUUACAGAUCGUGCUGUCGCGGCAAUUUGUCGUUUGGGCAAGAAUCUGCACUACAUCCACCUUGGACAUUGCAUAAACCUGACGGAUAACGCUGUUAUCGCUCUUGUCAAGGCUUGCAACCGAAUUCGAUACAUCGAUCUUGCUUGCUGUAAUCGACUCACCGAUCAAAGUGUUCAACAUCUGGCGCAGCUACCCAAAUUACGGAGGAUUGGAUUGGUGAAGUGCCAACAGCUGACCGACGAAAGCAUUCUGGCACUAGCGAGAGGCGCAAUGGCUGGUGGGCCACCUCACCCACGUCCUGGAUGUCUUGAGAGAGUCCAUCUGAGCUAUUGCGUCAGCUUGACGCUCCAGGGUAUCCACGAGUUACUACAGUAUUGUCCUCGACUCACACAUCUGUCUUUGACUGGGGUACAAGCUUUUCUCCGAGAGGAUCUGACACGUUUCUGUCGCGACGCACCACCUGAAUUCACACACCCUCAACGCGACGUCUUCUGCGUGUUUUCUGGAGAGGGUGUUUCGAGACUGAGAGAUUAUCUCAAACGACUAGCCGAAGAUCAGGAGCGCGAGGGCAGAGUUACUAGGGAGAGACCGGGGAUAUAUUCGGAAGCAGAGGCUGAUUCUAGCAGAGAAACGCUUUCUGAUGAUGGGACAAUCGAUGCUGUCGAAGAGGCACUUGAAAGACGACCAGCCACACGACCUACCCUGCGGCCAAGAUCAACUGGUUACAGAUCAUAUGCAGAAGUUGUGUCUGGAAGUGGUUCGAAUUCGCCUGGAUUUGAAGACGAGGGAGCUGACGAUGAUGAGGGUGUGCCACUGUCACAAGUCCGAUAUACCAGAUUGAGUGAAUUGUUUCGAAGACCAGGCGGACCAGGAUCACUUGCCGAGCAUGAUGGCGCCCCUCAACUUCGCGGUUACCUCGAUAGGCAUGUCAGAAGAGAAGCGUCUAGAAGUGUGAGCGAGGGCCAAGGCUCAUCCAGCAGACCUAGAUUUACGCAUUCCGAAGCACAGUCCGGCAGAUCUCGAUUUGUGCAAUCCGAGGUGCCUGCCUUUGAUGACUAUUUCCCAACCACCGCUGAACCGCAAAACCGUCGACCUCUUCCGCCGCGCCCUCAUUGGCCACCCCAAGCUCAUACCGCUCAAUUCUUUGAUGGAGACCAGGAGAUUUCUGCAUCAGAUUGGGGAGAAUUUACUACCCCACAGGCUGCUCGGAUUGCAAUGGGAGCGACAGGCUCGGGAUCGGCUUCUGGACGUCAUGGUGUACGGAGCCGAGAAGACCCAACCACAAGCGCUGUGUACGACGAUACAGAUGAGGAUGAUGAUGAUGAUGAUGAUGGAGAGACGACUAUCCGACGGUCUGCUCGAGUGCAGAGGGAAAUGGAUGGGGAGAUGGAGUCUUAG